AUGUCUUCAAACGAGCCGAUUGCCAUCAUUGGCUCCAGCUGCAGAUUUGCAGGUGGCGCAUCAUCUCCCUCGAAGUUAUGGGACCUCCUUCUCAAGCCCAAAGAUCUGUCCAAACCGCCACCUGAAAGCCGAUUCAACCUCGAGGGCUUCUACCACCCAAACGCAGAGCAACAUGGAAACACCAAUAUCCACGGGUCCUACUUUCUCGAGGAAGAUCCGCGGUGUUUCGAUACCGUCUUCUUCAAUAUCUCCCCAAAAGAGGCCGAAGCAAUCGACCCUCAGCAGCGCAUCCUCCUCGAGGUCGUGUACGAGGCAAUGGAAGCAGCCGGCCUGACAUUGCAGGGCCUCCAGGGAAGUGACACAUCGGUCUACGCAGGCCUGAUGAUUAGAGACUACAUGGAUGUGCAGGUGCGUGACCCUGAUUUCUUCUCACAAUACAUGGUUACAGGAACCUCGAGCGCGCUCAAUGCCAACCGCAUCUCAUACUUUUUUGAUUGGCACGGCCCCUCGUUGACUGUCGACACGGCGUGCUCGUCGAGUCUGGUGGCGGUCCACCAGGCCGUCCAGGGACUACGGGCCGGCGAGAGCCGCGUUGCCUGUGUCACCGGGUCGAAUCUGCUACUUGGUCCGGAACUGUUCAUCUCGGCAUCCAACAUGCACAUGUUGUCGUCUAGGUCGAAGAUGUGGGAUGUUAGCGCGGAAGGCUAUGCUCGUGGAGAUGGCUUCGCAUCGUUUAUGUUGAAGACGUUGUCUAACGCCAUCGCGGACGGCGACCACAUCGAGGCUAUCAUCCGUGAAACAGGUGUUAACUCGGAUGGUCGCACGAAGGGUAUUACUCUACCCAGUCCCCAAGCUCAGGCGGACCUAAUUAGAGAUACGUAUCGUCGUGCCGGCUUGGAUCUGUCCAACCCUAAUGAUCGCUGCCAAUAUUUUGAGGCACACGGAACCGGAACCCAAGCUGGUGACCCACGAGAAGCCUCCGCCAUCCACGAUGCCUUCUUUGGUGCAGAAGGCGAUGACAACAAAACCGGUCCGAAACUUGUGGUUGGAUCUAUCAAAACUAUCGUGGGUCAUACGGAAGGAACGGCUGGUAUGGCUGGCAUGCUGAAAGCCUUGCUUGCAAUUCGUCACCGUGUCAUCCCACCCAACCUGCACUUCAACAACCUCAAUCCUUCAGUCGCCCCAUUCUAUGAUCGACUGACUGUACCUACGGAGUCAAUUCCUUGGCCUGUGGUGGCACCAGGAACGCCUCUGCGUGCUAGCGUCAACAGCUUCGGCUUCGGUGGUACCAAUGCUCACGCUAUUGUGGAAAGCUAUGAGCCUGAUAAUCGCAGCUCAAUCACCGGCCAGAACGACGGUAUUGUACUUCCUCUGGUACUAUCUGCACAUUCCGAUAAAGCCCUCGCGUCCGUCGUGGAGAACUACGCAGCAUUCUUGAGACAAACCCAGCAGACUCUCUGUCUCCGUGACCUGGCGUGGACUUUACACUCGCGGCGAUCCAACCUGCCUGUCAAGGCUGCUUUCUCCGGCCUAUCCGCCUCCGACAUCGCACAGCAGAUGCAAGAUAGGCUCGAAUCGGUCAGGAAUACUCCAGGGACGGAGCUUGGUAUACGGUCACCAGCUAUCGCAAGUAAAAAGCCGUCUCUAUUAGGCGUCUUUACCGGUCAAGGUGCCCAAUGGCCUACCAUGGGGAAGCACCUCAUUGAGAAUUCAAGAACAUUCCGUGAAACUAUUGAGCGACUCGAGAAAUCUUUGUCUGAGCUCGACGACGGCCCCGACUGGUCCCUCAAGGGUGAGAUUCUAGCACAGAAGGCCCAGUCGCGCGUUGCUGAGGCCGCUCUGUCGCAGCCCCUCUGCACCGCCAUUGCCAUCGCUCUGGUGGAUCUACUUCAUGCCUCAGGUGUUAGCUUCACUGCCGUCGUGGGCCAUUCCUCCGGCGAGAUCGGGGCCGCCUAUGCUGCUGGUGUUGUGACUGCAGAGGAAGCGAUGAAAAUUGCGUACUAUCGAGGAAAGUAUGCCAAGCUAGCAAAAGGCGAACAUGGAGCAAAGGGCGGCAUGCUUGCAGUUGGCAUGGGGUUCAACGAAGCCAAAGAAUUCUGUGAUCAGCCUGCGUUCAAGUCACGCCUAGGCGUCGCCGCCAGCAAUUCUCCCACCAGCGUUACUUUGUCGGGUGACUUGGAUGUUGUUCGUGAGGCCAAGGAGCUGCUUGACGCCCGCAAGACGUUUGCUCGGAUGCUCCAGGUUGAUACUGCGUACCAUUCGCAUCACAUGUUGCCGUGUGCCGACCCGUACGUGUCGUCUUUGAAUGCUUCGAGGAUUCAACCAAAUGAACCUGCAAAGUCAUCCUGCAGCUGGAUCUCUAGUGUUUACGGCUCCGAGGGUGAUCCAACAGCGGAGGAGCUCAGCGCCACCUACUGGAGAGAUAACAUGGCUCAGGCCGUACUCUUCUCUCAGGCUUUGGAGCGUGCCAUGAUCGAGUGUGGUCCAUUUGAUGCCGUGCUAGAGGUUGGCCCUCAUCCGGCGCUUAAGGGGCCCGCGUCGCAGACGCUACGGGAGCUCAGCGACGGUCCUCUCCCUUACUUUGGCGUCCUUGAUCGCAAGCGCAACGACGUGGUAGCGUUUGGAGAUGCGCUCGCCUCUUUGUGGCUUCACUUCGGCCCCUCUGCUGUUGACUUUGAGGGAUACGCAGCUGCUUCAGGACCCGAGGAUUUACCUCCCCCGAAGCUAGUCAAAGACCUCCCUGCCUAUCCAUGGGACCACUCACAGAUUUACUGGCGUGAAUCAAGGCUAUCGAGAGAAUUCCGGACCAGAGCCUCCCCUCCUCAUGAACUCCUUGGCCAUCCCUUGCCCGCUGGGUCGUCCGAGGAUGGUCUUCGUUGGCGAAACAUUCUUCGCAUUGAAGAGGUUCCGUGGAUUGGUGACCAUAGGUUCCAAGGACAGGCGCUUCUGCCGACGUCUGCGUUCUGCUCCAUGGCAGUCGAUGCAGCUUUGAAGCUAGCAGCAGGUUCUGUGGAUCCAGUCGCUGAUGGUAUCGAGUUGCACGAUCUUGUUAUCCACAAUGCAGUCAGCAUCCCAGAUGGAUCCCAGGGCGUCGAAAUAAUCACAUCGAUUCAACGACUCGAGGUCACGAACCAUCCACUGGAUGCAGAGGUCACUGUUCUCUUUGGUCCCCCUGAUGGUAGCAAGGUGCUAAAAAAAGCUGCCUCCGCGCGUGUAAUCCUGUUGCAUGCGAAUUCUGUUGAUGAGCCCGCGACUCUCCAGGCAAGGGAGAAGAACCUAAGCUCCAUUGACGUGCCCCAAUUCUACCAGUCGAUCGCUUUGGUGGAGGGCUGUAUCCAAACCGCGUAUGCAGCAUUCUCGGCACCUGGAGAUGCUUCAUUGCGGCCUGUCUUUCUUCCACAGAAGAUAGAAAGGAUGUCGCUACGGCUACCAUCAGUAUCCUCCUCGGACUCUUGGCUUAUUAUCGACAGCUUCGUGACAGGCGUGGAAAAAGCAACCCCAAACACGAGUCCCGCAUUUCACGCAGAUAUUGAAGUCGCUGAUAGUGUCAGCGGAAAGUUGUUGGUUGAAAUUGAAGGAGUCACUAUCUCCUCGUUCAGCCCUACGUCUGCGGCUGACGACAGAGAAUUGUUCCUGCAGACUGUCUGGAAGCCGGUCGUGAGCGAAGGCCUUUCUGUUGGCAACGAACAACGAAAGGUCGCCAAUCAAGCCGCACUGGAUAUGGAACACCAGUCAAUCUUAUAUCUCGAAAAUCUCCUCGCGAACAACUUGUACCUUUCUGGUCAUUUGUCGCAGGAAUUUGAGUGGUUGCUUCAACUCAAUCUGCCAAGUCAUUCCAAGGGCCGUCAGCACAACGAUGGUGCGGAGGAUGUCUCCCAUCUGGACGACUUCGAAACACUAAGAGCGGUUGCAAAGAAUCUGCCCGAGCUUAUACGGGGCCGGCUACCUGGUGCCGACAUUGAGCGACAGCUACAGGCGUUUGUGGAGACCAACUCUGUCUUUACACGAAUAAAGGUUGGGUUGCAUACUCUGAUCGACCAGAUUGCGCAUCGUUUUGCACACCUCAAUGUUCUCGAGAUUGCCCCGGCACAUUUGUCUCCUUCGUUCGAUGCCUUCAAUGAUCUGGUUGAGUCUAUUUCAUCAUACACAUUGGUUACCAACUCGCCUUCCAAGGACGUUGCGAAGUAUGGCAAGAAGCUCAAGCAUAUUGGAGUGGAGGCAUUACACAGCGACCCGUCCGCCAUCGCGUCUGCCCUUAGUGGACAAAAACAUGACGUCGUCAUUGCUUCAUAUCUCCUCAACGGUCAGACAGCUUCCUUCAGUGAGGAGGCGCUGCGACAAUUCCGGAAGGUCUUGAAGGCAGGCGGCUACUUGGUUCUCGUUGAACCUACUCAGGAAUAUGUCUGGUCCAGGAUCUUCCUAGGUGUCUUACUAGGCUCAGCGAGCAAUAGCGAUCAUGGGAGAGAUAUUGGACAUCAUGUCUCUAGCGUGAGUCUAGAUGGCUUGUUACGGAAGGUGGGCUUCUCCGGGAUAGACUCUUUGCUGCCUCGAGAUGCCAAUGGACCCGGUGACGCCAUAUCGUUAUUUGUGACUCAGGCUUUGGAUGAGACCAUCGAUCUACUUCGCCACCCAUUGCAACCAUCUGCUCUGGGAAUAUUGGAUGGUAGACGUGUCCUAGUCGUCGGCGGUAAAACACUGCAGACUUCAAGAUUAUGGCACAAUAUUGCCUCUAUUCUACGGCCUUGGACAAAGGAAGUCCAUUGCAUAGAGUCCUUCGAAGCUCUUGAGGAAAAAGACUCGACUGGCAUUGCAGGUGCAAUCGUUCUGACCGACCUUGAUGAGCCAGCGUCCAAACUGCUCACGACCAAAUCGUACCAGGCCAUUUCCGGACUGUUCGCACAGGCUCCUCAUGUACUAUGGGUGACGCAGGGUGCGCUGGAAGCCAACCCCGAACAGGCAGCAUCAAUUGGCCUAGGCCAUUUCCUAGCUCAGGAACAUUCGUCCGUUCAUUCCCAGUUCCUUAACCUCGAUACCGUCGAGGAAUCUGAGUAUAAAAUCCUCGGUUCUUUCAUGCGACUGUUGAUUCCUGGUAUACACGACCCGCAAGAGUCCCGUCUCUGGACCACUGAAACAGAAAUCUCCGUCAAAAAUGGCCGCGUUUUCAUUCCUCGUGUUUUCCCAGCUCGGGGUCUGAAUGAUCGUCUGAACUCACACUGGCGUCCUAUCAUCCAAAGCGCGAACACCCUGAACGACACAACUUCUUUAUCUGCUUCUGGCUCGCUCCAUGCCGCGACCUUUACCGCUCAACAUUUCAGUUCGUCAAGCUCAGCCGAGAGAAGACCGAUUCUUCGCACGACCCAGUCCAUCCCUAUUGCUAUCAAUGUCUCAAACGGAAUCUAUCUCUAUCUCUCCGCGGGACAGGUCGACGACGUGGGCGACGUUCUCGCAUUCACUGAUACUAUGUCAUCGCGUGCGCCUGCACUUGCAACAUGGAAGGUUCCUCCAGCCGAAUCUGGCCCAGUUGAACUCAGUAACAUCUUAGAGCUGACUGCAAAUGUCUUGGUCGCCCAACACAUUUUUGAUUCCCUUCCUGCGGGAAAUUCUGUUCUUCUGGAGCCCAGUUACACUCUUGCGACAAUCAUCAAUGAGUUGACCAAAGGUGCUGACAAGAAGGUCCACUUCUUGACCACUGCAGCGCGUGAAGAGACAGGCAGCGUCACAUGGACCACCAUCCCCCCUCUUGCGUCUAAGAGACACAUCCUUUCGGCGCUUCCACCCUGUCCAAAACUGUUCUUUGACCUCUCACCGAAGCCAAACCGCCUCUCCUCUCGCAUUGUAUCGUUGCUCCCUGUGGACUGUGCUCUUGUCGGCCCUGGAGAGCUAUUCCAGUUGAGCUCUGAAGGCGCAGAGGAAGUCUCGACUCCCUGGCUACAGCAUGUUCUACUGACUGUUGCAUCAUCUGCCGUGAAGCUCUCCCGAAAGGCCACAUAUCCAUCCUCUUCGACUUUGAUACUAAGUGAUCUACUUGAGCAUGGGAUUCGAAACGCCAAUGCCGUGACGGUUGUCGAUUGGACUCAGCAAACAAGUGUACCCGUCACGGUAGAGCCAUUGGAACCAUCACAGUUCCUGUCACCAGCUGGAACAUAUGUGCUCAUCGACAUUGAGCAGCCCUUGAUCCAGUCCAUUGCUGAUUGGCUAAUUGCGAACGGUGUGCGGUCUUUGGUCGCUAUCAACUCUGACAUCGGAGAACGGAAUGGUCGAGAGUUACUGGAUGAGCUGAAGGUGAAAAGGCUCAAGGUAGAUCUUGCCAAUCUGCACGACGUCAAAGAUGUCUUUGACGGAUUGACAAAAGUGACCGGUGUCAUCUACGGUGGUGCAUCAGCGGCAAUGGCCAAUUUCGGGGAAGAUGACGCUCCGUUACAGACUCUUCAGAAUGUGGAGCAGAGUGCACAUAAUCUGACUACGAUCUUGGAGAAUCAAGAAGUCGGUUUCUUCAUUAUCUUGUCUUCCCUCCAGAAAGACAGAGCCCCAGUCAAUGCAUACUUCACUAGCCUCGCUGCUCAUUGGAAACAACGGCGACUGCCAACGGCCGUCCUCUCCUUAGAGUCCCAAGUGCAUUCCGACCCGGAGGGUCCAUUCACCCACCUCAGCGAGUCAGAUGUACACUACGCGCUUACAGAGGCCAUAUCAAGUGCCCAGUCUCAGAAUGACGUGUCCGCGAUCUGGACCGGUGUUAAGAGGUUACCUCGUGAUAUUCCUGCCUCAUCGCAGUGGAGCUGGCUCUCAAAACCUUUGUUUGCUCACUAUACACAGCGUGAACAGGAAGCUGAACCAGGCAGCUCUCAGGGUGAGGCCCAGAGCAUGGUGCAGAGACUUGCAGCCUCCAAGUCCCACGAGGAAGCUUCCCUAGUCAUCCAGGAGUUCUUCUUGACACGACUGGCUGUGAUGCUGACCCUCAGUCAAGAGAGUCUGAGUUCCAGUAAUGAUCUCACUAGUCUAGGUGUUGAUUCGCUCAGCGCAUCGGACAUCCGGGCCUGGUUUUUGAAGGAGCUGGACGUCGAUGUAUCAAUCUUGAAGAUUCUUGGGGGGUCUACUAUUGCAGACCUAUGUAAUGAAGUUGCUGCUGGCUUGACCCUUCAAAUUGGGUCGCAGGAAGAAGCCGAAUCGCAACCCGCCGUCAACUCACCCGAGCCAGUUACUGCCGCACCUGUACCUGAACAGCCCACUGUCGAACGCCAUGUCGAAUCCCAGGAGCCAGUUGUCGAAGCUGCUGUUGUGGCCUCAUCGAGCGAUUCAUCCUCAGAAGGGACAAUGACGCCUCCGAGCAGCCGGGGUAUUAAUACUCCACACACCGAAAUCACUAAUCUGCAGCUAGAAAGUGUCAAAUCGAAGGCCUGCACUGCUGUCCAACGGCGUGAAAAGAUGUCUUUCAGCCAGAACCGAUUGUGGUUCCCAAGUGCCUACUUGGAACAAGAGACCCCGUUCAACUGUACCACAUCAUACACCUUGACGGGUCCGCUCGACACUGCGCGUCUUGAGAAUGCCUUCCAGCGCCUGAUUCAACGACAUGAAAGCUUCCGCACCGCGUUCUACACUGACGAAGUGAGUGGUGCGGCCAUGCAACGCGUACUGGCCUCUUCCCCAUUCCAGCUGCGAACAAUGUUGGGAAAUAAAGACGACAUGCAGCGUGUGUUCCGCCAGAUUGCCAACUAUCAUUUUGAUCUCUCUGUCGCAGAUACGCUCGUUGCAACGUUGAUCUCUCAUGGCCCCAAAGACCAUACUAUUGUCUUCGGCUACCAUCAUAUCAUCAUGGAUGGUGUCAGCUGGCAGAUUACCCUGAAUGAUCUUGCUCGAUUCUACGAAUCAGAUAAUCCUGAGCUUCCCCAGCUAUCGCAGUAUAUCGAGUUCUCAGUCAAGCAGCGCCAGCUUGUCAGUAGCGGUGCCCACGAUGCCAAGCUAUCAUACUGGCGAAAGGAGUUUCCGUCCGCACCGCCCUUGUUGCCUUUGUUCCCUUUCGCGAAGGUCGGGGCCAGGAAAGCCCUGACUCGGUACGACACGCUCGACUAUAUAUACGACGUGGACGUCUCCCUUGUCUCCAAGAUCAAAAAAGCCAGUCUCGCAGCAAAGACAACGACGUUCCAUUUCUACUUGGCCGCUUUUGUGGUUUUGCUUAACCGCUUCUUGGAAAUUGAUGAUGUGUGCUUGGGCAUCAUCGACGCGAACCGCUCAGAUAAAACAUUCCUCAACACAGUCGGCUUCUUACUGGAUAUGCUGCCUUUGAGACUGAAGGUCAACAAAAAAGAGCGCUUUGUCCACACCCUUCGCAAUACCCGAGCCAAGGCAUAUAAUGCUCUGGAGCAUUCUGGUGUGCCUCUCGAAACUAUUUUGAAGGAGCUCCAGGUACCAACCUCGGCGACGAACACCCCACUGUUUCAGGUCCUGAUGAACUAUCGUAUGGGAGCUCUGCGCGCGCCACAGAUGGGUGACGCUAAGAUGAACUUCCUGGACUACGAGGAUGCCAAGGCGCCUUUUGAUCUUGCCAUUUCUAUCGAUGAAAAAGAUGAUGGCACGGGAAUGUUGACUUUCUCCAUGCAAGAUUACAUGUAUGACUGGGAAGGUGCCGAGCUCCUGGUGAAGACUUAUGUUCACUUGCUGGACACCUUAGCGACUGACUCAUCCCAACGGAUUAACGAGGUGUCGUUAUUCGAUGAGUCUUUGGUCAACCAGUCCAUGGUCGCUGGAACCGGGCCUGUUACUGGUUUGGACUGGGCCGGAACGGAGACAAUCUCACAGCGUGUGGACGCCAUGACAGCUCAGCGGCCUGACGGUGUUGCGGUCAAGGAUUUGAAUGGAAAGGCUAGGACUUAUGCUGAGACACAAGCUAGAGUUUACGCUCUGGCUUCGUCCCUCCAGCAGGCUGGCAUCACUUCUGGUGCGCGAGUUGCCGUGUACUGCGAGCCGACGGUUGACACUGUCGCAUUGGUUCUCGCGAUCUACCGUGUUGGAGCAGCUUAUAUCCCUCUCGACGUUCGAAACUCCCAUGAGCGACUUGCCGAUGUCGUUAGAGAGUGCAAACCAACCCUCAUCCUCUACCACGGUGCCACCAAGCACACGCUGGUUGACGUGGCCGGCGAUGGUCAGGACGCUCUUGAUAUUGAUACUGUCCCACAGUCGGCAGCACCUAUUCCCGAUGUUUCGAAGCUCUCCGACCCAGCUGUCAUUCUUUACACUAGUGGUUCCACUGGGAAGCCAAAGGGUAUCAUGCUGACCCACGCAAACCUCUCUCUUCAAUUUGCUUCCAUCAGCAGUGCUUUGGACCUCACGGACAGAGAUGUCGUAUUGCAGCAAAGUGCCCUUGGUUUCGAUGCCUCCUUGUCCCAGAUGUUCAUGGCACUGACGAAUGGCGGGACCCUGAUCCAUGGGAGCAACCGUGGUGACCCGGUAGAUCUUGCGGCAUUGAUAGAAAGAGAAGGCGUCACUCUGACACUGAUCAUGAUUUCCGAAAUGUCUGCUCUACUUCAGUAUGGAAGUGAUAUCUUGUCUCGCUGCCAAUCUUGGCGGAUUGCCCUCUGUGGUGGCGAGGCUUUCACGGUCAAUCUCCUUCGCAAGUUCCGUGACCUCAAUUUGCCGAAUCUGGAGCUCUACAACGCUUACGGUCCAACUGAGGCAAGUAUUAUGUCGUCUCUCGGCAAGGUGGCGUAUCGCCGUACGGACUGGGGUGACGGAUCCGUUGUCCCUGUUGGACCUCCUCUUCCCAACUACGGUGUGUAUGUGCUCGAUGAGAACUUCCAGCCUUGUCCUUUGGGGUGGCCAGGCGAGCUGUGCAUCUGUGGACCAGGUGUGGCAGAAGGCUAUGUCGGCUUGCCGGAAUUGACUUCUUCCAAAUUCCAACCGGAUCAGCUGCGCAAGCCUCAAGGGCCAUCAUAUGAUGGUUGGGUCCGGGUUUACCGUACUGGAGACAAAGCUCGGCUUCUUCAAGAUGGAUCCUUUGUUUUCCUGGGCCGCAUGGAUGGAGACUCGCAAGUGAAGCUGCGCGGUAUCCGGAUCGAACUGAAUGACAUCUCCAACUCAAUCGUCAAGACCUCCAAAGAGGCUAUUGUGGAUGCAGCGACUAUUGUCAAGGGCACAACAAGCCAGACUCUGGUUAGCUUCGUGGUUUUUGCGCCGGCCAAGGUGGUGGACCUCGAAAGAUCGAACUCAUCGGCGUCUGCUUAUCUCCGCCAGGUGAUUCAGUCCCUGCCUCUACCAGUGUAUAUGCGCCCGGCGAUUGCAGUUCCACUGGAGCGUUUGCCUUUCACGGAACGAGGCAAACUCGAUACCAAAGCUCUUGCGGCUAUUCCGAUUCAGGAGGAUGAAGAGACGGUGAAUGAAGAGCUGAGCGAAACGGAGCAGAAAUUGAAGCAAGUGUGGCAGGAUAUCUUGUCAGAACAAGGAAUGUCGCUUGAGAUCCGUCGGCAGUCCGACUUCUUUUCUGUUGGAGGAAAUUCUCUCAUGUUGAUGCGAGUCCGCGCGAAGAUGCUGGAGGUCUUUGGUGUCUCGGUGCCGUUGGCCGAGUUAUUCCAAGCAAGCACGCUUGAGACACUGGCUUCACGGCUUGAUGGAAACAAAACCGCUGAAUCAGACAAUAUUGUGUGGAACGAAGAGACUGCUCUGGAUGUCUCACUUCCCCCUGCUAUUGCUCAUCCUCGGGAUCACCCAGAGAAAGACCUAUCGGUCAUUCUCACUGGCAGCACUGGGUUCCUGGGCCGUGCGAUCGUUCGACAGCUUAUCGCGGACCCACGGAUUUCCACAAUUCACUGCCUUGCUGUCCGACCUGGGCGCACGCUACCAGAGGAAUUGGUCGGAUCUUCGAAGGUGAUUGUUUACACUGGAGACUUGGCGGCUAAGCGUCUUGGAUUGAGCGCGCCGCAAGCUCAGGAAAUAUUUUCAUCUGCCGCAGCCAUCAUCCACAACGGAGCUGAAGUUUCCCAUAUGAAGUCCUAUCAUUCUCUUCGGCCGACCAAUGUGGACAGCACCCGCCAACUUGUCGAACUUGCACUGCGCUCCUCGAUCGACUCUGCAGUUCGCACCCCAGCUUUCCACUACGUCUCGACUGCUGGCGUGGGCCAUCUUCUCGGGAUUCCCGCUUUCCCUGAACAGUCUGUUUCAUCGUCCCCACCACCAGUCGACGGGUCGGAUGGUUACGUGGCUGCCAAAUGGGCCAGCGAGCGGAUCUUGGAACAGGCAUCGGAAAGGCUCGGAUUGCCUGUUUUCAUUCAUCGACCCAGCAAUAUCACCGGUCCGGACGUUGGCGACCGCGACAUUAUUCACAAUGUCUGGAGGUGGUCUGAGGUGCUACGAGCGGUUCCUGAUCUGGUGGCAGCGGGUGCCAAAGGAGCAUUCGACUUUGUGGGCGUGGAAACCUGCGCAAAGGGGAUUACUGAUACUCUUUUUGUUCAGGCAUCCGCCGGACAUCUCGCCUACAUUCAUCAGAGCGGGGAGAACGUGAUUCCAGUUGAAGAGUUUGGGGAAUGCUUGCAAAGGAACGGGGGAGCAGAUGUCGAGUUGGUUCCCUUUGAUCAGUGGGUGGAUAAGGCUGUGCAGGCUGGAUUGGACGAUCUCGUUGCCUCGUUCCUGCGCGGGACAAAGGGUGCGUUCCAGAUGCCGUUUCUGCCUAAGGGAUUGAGGCAGUGA